AUGGAUGUGAUUUUUAUAAAUUUCCUAAACGAUAUUGCAGACAAUCGUUGCGGCCCUCAUUAUUCUGGGGCCGCGUGCGACUGGCCGAUCUGUGUGCAUGGAGUCGUAGAUCCAGCAAGCCGGAUAUGUCAAUGCUACAAUCAUUUUGCCCCUCCCUUCUGCGAAUUCUGCCUGCCAGGAUACUGGGCAGAAGCUUGCGAUCGUGAGAUUCUUCCCGCUAUGUCUGAACCCCUGCUGCCUCCUUUCUUCGGCCAUGUGGUCGUGUAUUUAGUUGUCGUCUUUCUUAUACUCUUCAUAUACUUUGCAUUUGGCAGGUGUCGCUCCAAACCUCCACCUUAUGAGGAGGUGAUACAGGACCCUCCACCUCCACCCUAUUAUCUCAUCUAA